CUUCUUCCGACUCUGCACGUUUCUCCAUCCAACCAGCAAAAACCAUCCACCUGAUUCACGACCACCCACAGCAGGACUACCUUCAUCCGGUCGUAGCUUACGAAAGAUCGAAUCUUCCUCGACAUUAUCUAGUCUCGGUCGAUUCUACCAACAUCCAAAUCCAUCAAAUACCUCAAUGUCUUCUAAGGUAUCCAAAACUAGUAGCCGACGUCAGCAUGUAGAAAAGGUUCUUGAUAUUGGUAAACCAACCCAGUUUGAACACGGAAUCCAUGUUGAAUAUAAUAAAUAUAAUGGAAAAUACAUGGGCCUACCAGAUGUCUGGCAAUCUAACCUUCCAAGCGAUGAUGUAUUAAAUACAAAUUACAUCAACCCGAACCUCGUCCCAUCGCCAGCAAGUACUCGCAGUAAGUCAGUCAGACGACUUUUAUCGAGCUCCAAAGUUGUAAUGUCCUCUCAAGAGGAAAAAACACAGACGCUACGAAAGUCCCCUUCCGUCAUCGGCAAACCCUACAAUGUUCAACACAAUGUCCAUGUCCAGGUAGACAAAUAUGGAUUCCGAGGACUUCCACCAGAAUGGCAACGAAUUCUCCAGGUGUCUGGAGUACCAGAAGAAGUCGUAAAAGCAAAUCCAAAAACAGUAGAACGAUUGAUGCAUCUUCGAAUGCCAGAUUCUCUCCAACAAGAUGUUACAAACAAAACAAGACCAUUGAAAUCUCCACAUUCUGCAUCCUUGAUUCCUAAUGGACCUGACACUACUCAACACCCCACAAAUGAACUACCAAUUGGAUUUGCACCACCUUCCCGAGCACGGAACUCAAAGUUGACACACCUUUCUACAAUCAAGACUAAUGAGCCUCCCCCAAGAAUAGAUAGUAAUGUAUCAGAGGAACAAGAAAAUGAGAUUUUGGCAGAGGCAAAUUCCGAAAAUACACAUCUUGCUUUAGAUUCUGGCUUUAUUGAUGACUUGGUUGAUACAGCUGAUCCAAAUACACUGUACACUGAUUUUGUCCUAAUCGCAGAGGGAGAAUCUGGUCCAAUGUAUUCUGCAAAGCACAUCACAACUAGCCGAGUGGUGGCUAUCAAAAAGAUACCUCGAACGGCAGUGGAGAAGCUUUCAAAAAUCAGAAAUGAGCUGACGACAAUGAAAAUGAGCCGACAUCCAAAUGUAGUUGAAUACAUUACAAGCUACAUGACAGAAGAAGAGAUCUGGGUGGUUAUGGAAUGUAUGGAUGUUUCUUUGGCUGAUAUUCUUUCGGUACACAUCGAAGAGGGUCCUCAUAUGAAGGAAGACCAGAUUGGCCGUGUGGCUCGCGAUAUAUUGCGUGCUUUAAGUCGUAUCCACCGUCUCCAACGUAUUCAUCGGGAUAUCCGUAGUGACAAUGUAUUACUAAAUAUGCGUGGUGAAGUCAAGUUGGCCGAUUUCAGCCAUUGUGCUCAAUUGACGAAGAAACAUCCUAAAAGAAACUCGGUUGUUGGUACACCUUAUUGGAUGGCUCCUGAAGUUAUCAAAGGUGUUGAAUACGACUCAAAAGCAGACAUUUGGAGUCUUGGAGUAUUAUUAUUGGAGAUGGCACAAGGCGAUCCACCCUAUGUAGAAUAUCCUCCUCUUCGGGCCUUGUUCCUGAUUGCCUCGAAUGGUCUCCCUCCGUUACGCGAACCUGACCUCUGGUCAGAUUCAUUCAAAGACUUCUUGAGCAAGUGCACAACAGAUGACCCUGCUGUAAGACCAGACGCCGCCACACUCCUCAAGCAUCCUUUUUUGCAUUCAGUUGGUAUAACACAUCGCAUGGUUGAAUUGAUUGAAGAAACUCGACGGUUUGAAAUCUUACAGCAGGAAGAUGCUGAGACGGUAACAGAAGAACUAGCCAUCGGUUCUCCUUAACCCUCCUGUACUUCUUGGCCUCUUCUAUCUUCAUGCAUCUCCACAUACUCCGCAUUUACUCACUUAUUCACUUAUUCACUUACUCAUUUACUCACUUACUCACUCUCCCUUCCAUACCCAAAGGUGUCAUCCUUCCCCCUUCCUUUUUUGUUUGCCUCCAAAAUAAAAAUAAAAAUAAGAAUAAUGUAAUC